AUGUCUGAACCGCAAAAUACCACAAUCAGCUUUGCUGAUGGCGGCACAAACACACUACCAACAGCAACUACGAACGAGAAAAAGAUUCAAAACAAUGACUCGACAUUGACAUUGUCAACGGAUACCGAAUCCAAAUCCGGCAAAACAUCCAUCAAGGACAAGAUCAACCCUUUCAAUCGCAAAAAGCCGGUGAUGCGAGUGGAAGGUCCUCCUUAUCACACCAUGGAUCUCGAUACGGUAUGCAGCUUGCUCAAAUCCGAUCUCGAGCGAGGCGUCGAUGAUGAUCAAGUCGAAGCACGACGUGCUGAAUGCGGCUUUAACGAACUACAAGGAUCCGGUGGUGUCAAUCCAAUCCAAUUGUUUAUUAAGCAAUUCGUCAAUCUGCUGGUCAUGAUUCUCUUGAUUGCUACCAUUGUCUCGUUUGUCUACCGUGAUUGGAUCGAAGGCGGUGUCAUUUGCUUUAUCAUGUUUCUAAAUGCCUUUGUUGGUUUCAUGCAAGAAUUCAAGGCUGAAAAGACCAUGGAGUCACUACGCAAGAUGGCUUCACCCACUAGCACUGUUAUUCGCUCUGGCAAAGAACAAAGUGUACCCACACGUGAACUCGUCGUUGGCGACGUUAUCAUUCUCAAGAGUGGUGAUGUUGUUGGUGCUGAUUGUCGUAUCAUUGAGGCAUCUAAUAUGGAUGUGGACGAAGCGCUCUUGACCGGUGAAUCUGUUCCUGUCAACAAGAAUCCUGAAACAUUGCCCAAUGCCGAGGUAUCUCUUGGAGAUCGUGUCAACAUGUCCUAUUCCAGCACCACAUUGGCCAAGGGUCGUGGUAAAGCCAUGAUCACUGCCAUUGGCAUGGAAACCGAAAUUGGUCGUAUUGCGCAACGUUUGAUGGAUAGCGAUGAUGCCAGCAAGACCCCUCUUCAACGUUCCAUUGAUCGCCUUGCCAUGUUUUUGUUCGUCUUUGCUGUUAUUGUGGUGAUCGUCAUUUUUGCUAUCUCCAAAUUCCAAUUGGAUGACCAAGAUAUUUUGUAUGCCAUUACAACCGCCAUUGCUGCUGUACCCGAAGGAUUGUUGGCCGUGCUCACCCUUACACAAGCAUUUGGUGUCCAUGCCAUGGCGAAAGCCAAUGCUUUGGUGCGUCGUCUUGUAUCCCUCGAAUUGCUUGGCUCGGUGACCAAUAUUUGCUCUGAUAAGACGGGUACCCUUACUCAAUCCAAGAUGGUCAUGACACGAUUUUGGCGUCCAGGAGCUGGUUUUCAUUCUGUAUCUGGAUUGGGUUUCACGACUGAAGGCGAAGCAACGGCUGAAGAGACCAAUACCCCUGUUGAAAUGACCGAUGCCAUGAAGCAAUUCAUCCAUUGUGCUGCUUUGUGUAACAUGAGCGAUGUCCAAGAGAAUGAACAAGUAUCGGGUGAUCCCACCGAAAUUGCUUUGCAGGUGUUUGCACACAAGAUGAAGAUGGGUAAGCCUGCAUUGAACGAGAAGAAUUGGUCGAUGGCGGCAGAAUAUCCCUUUGAUUCGACGAUCAAGCGCAUGAGUGUAUUGAUGCGUACACCGGAUGGUCAUCAUGUUGCCUUUGGAAAGGGUGCCACUGAACGCAUGUUGGAUCGUUGUGGUGGUAUUCUCAAUGCCGAUAACGAAGUUGAAUACAUGAACGUGAGCGAUAUGCAAGCAUUGAUUCUUCCUCAAGUCGAAGCCCUCGCUCGUUGUGGUCUACGUGUGCUUACAUUGGUGUAUCGCCCUGUCAAGACUGACAAAGAUGUCGUUGAUCAAGAGACUUUCGCACGUGAUUUCAUUGAACGCGAUAUGAUCUUUUUGGGACUUGCUGGUAUCUAUGAUCCACCUCGUGAAGAAUCCAAGGUUGCUGUUGAGAGAUGUCAUCGUGCUGGUAUCACUGUUCACAUGUUGACGGGUGAUCAUAUUGCCACUGCCACUGCCAUUGCUCGUGAGGUCUCCAUUCUCCCAGCCGAUUAUGGUCUUGAUAAGGACCCUGAAAAGGAUGGUCUUGUCAUGUCAGCUCAAAAGUUUGACAAGCUAUCCGAAGAACAAAUCGAUGCAUUACCUGAACUCCCUCUCGUCAUUGGCCGUUGCUCACCAGAAACCAAGGUUAAGGUCAUUGAAGCCCUUUAUCGACGACGCAAGAUCUCUGCCAUGACUGGUGAUGGUGUGAAUGACUCUCCUAGUCUCAAGGAAGCCGACGUUGGUAUUGCCAUGGGUGAAACAGGCUCUGAUGUUGCCAAACAAGCAUCCGAUAUCAUCCUUGUUGACGACAACUUUUCAACCAUUGUCCAUGCCAUUGAAGAAGGCCGCCGUGUGUUCGCCAACAUUAGCCGCUUUUGUGUACACUUGAUCACUGCCAAUGUGGCUCUUGCAUUCCUCCUGAUUGUGGGUCUUGCCUUCCGUGACAGUACUGGAAAGGCUGCAUUCGCAUUGUCGCCGCUUCAGAUUCUCUUCGCCAACUGUUUGACUACAACACCUCCCGCACUCGGCUUAGGACUUGAGCCUGUGAAUCCACUUCAAAUGCAGGUGCCUCCUCGCAAGCGUAGCCAUGGCUUAUUCCGUGCAUCCAAUCUAUGCGAUAUCUUCAUCUAUGGUGUCAUUGUCGGUGGUAUUGGCUUGUGCAACUUUGCCGUAUCCAUGUACGCUUGGGGUGACAACGACUUUGGUAUCGAUUGCAGCAAGAACUACAAUGAAACAUGCUCAACGGUGUAUCGUGCACGUGGUGCUUUGUUUACAUCCAUUUGCUGCAUGUUGCUCAUGCACAGCUUCACAUGCCGUGAUUUACGUAAUCCACAAUGGUUGCCUUCUUUCUUUUGCGGUGAACGUCGUUGGUAUCUUGCUUGGGUCCCCAAGGCUUUCAAUCAGCGUCAAAAUUGGUACCUUUAUUAUGCAUUUGCAUUCACCAUUGCCCUCCUCAUCAUCACCCUUUACGUACCGGUCCUCAACGAAGUUGUCUUUAAGCAACACGGUAUUGGUUGGGAAUGGGGUAUGGUCGCUGCUUCUUGCCUUGUAUACACCAUCAUUGUGGAAAUCUACAAGUUCUUUAAGCGUAUGGUCGUCCCUUACUAA